UGUCGUGGCAGCGCAGCGACGUCGCUGUUGUUAUCGUUAUAAUCAAUUCAGUCAUAGAAAAAAAAUACAAAGUUUAUGCAGAAAAGACGAGUAAAAGGUGUUUUAUUACGUUUGUAAUCAGCGCCAGACACUGCCAAGAACCAAUGCAUUUGCUGUGACAGCACCAGGCUGUUGGGAGCAGGACGCAGCGGAGGCGUCAACAAAAGGCCAAAACAAAGGCAGCAGCAGGCAGCUCGCAGCACGCAGCACGAAGCAGGCAGAGGCAGCAUCAAACCGAUACGUCAUUGGCAGGCAAUUAACGGAAAACGCAACGGAAGUGGAAACGACUGACGCUGGCAGUGGAUUUCUAGGACUGCGCCUCCAUCCAUGCUGGUUAUCCUCGCCGAUCAGCUAACGCGUAUCAUGGAGAGCGUCUUUGAGGCGUAUCUAGGGCCGGACAGCGUGCUGGCCAGUGCCGUGGGCCAGGCAGUGGGCAGCGGCGAGCCAGAGGAUAUACCCAAAAGGAAUACAGAUGUGUGGGUGCUGGGCAAGCGCUACAAUGCCAUACAGGAACUCGAUGUCAUCCGCAGGGACAUACAGUCCCGUCUGUGGUGCACCUAUCGCCAUGGUUUCAUGCCCUUGGGUGAGGUGCAGCUGACCACGGACAAAGGCUGGGGCUGCAUGCUGCGCUGCGGCCAGAUGGUGCUCGCUCAGGCGCUGAUUGAGCUGCACCUGGGACGCGAUUGGUUCUGGACACCCGAGUGCCAGGAUGCCACCUACCUCAAGAUUGUAAAUCGCUUUGAAGAUGUGCGCAAGAGCUACUACUCCAUACAUCAGAUCGCGCUGAUGGGCGAGUCGCAGAACAAGGCGGUGGGCGAGUGGCUGGGACCCAAUACAGUGGCGCAGAUUCUCAAAAAACUCGUGCUCUUCGAUGACUGGUGCUCGCUGCUGGUCCAUGUGGCCAUGGACAGCACCGUGGUGCUCGAUGAUGUCUAUUCCCUCUGCCUCGAGGGCGAUGCCUGGAAGCCACUGCUACUCAUCAUCCCUCUCCGACUGGGCAUCAGCGACAUUAAUCCCAUUUAUAUACCAGCGCUAAAGCGCUGCCUCGAGCUCGACAGCAGCUGUGGCAUGAUCGGUGGCCGUCCAAAUCAGGCUCUGUACUUCCUGGGUUACGUCGAGGAUGAAGUGCUCUACCUCGAUCCACACACCACGCAACGAACGGGCGCUGUGGGGCAGAAACUUAGCCCGGGCGAACAAGAACACGACGAGACCUACCAUCACAAGCAUGCAGCGCGGCUGAGCUUCUCCGCCAUGGAUCCCUCGCUGGCCGUUUGCUUUCUGUGCAAGACCAGUGACAGCUUUCAGCAGCUGCUCGACAAACUGCGGCAGGAGGUGCUGGGCAUGUGCACGCCGGCGCUCUUCGAGAUCAGUCAAACGCGCGCCGUGGACUGGGAUACGGCGGAGGAUAUUGAGUGGCCGACAAUGCCGGAUAUUGACUGGCCGGCAGGCGCCUCAGAUUCGGAUUCGUUUGCCAUAGUGGAAGAAAGCGCAAGAGAAGGCGACGCUGCCGGCAGCAGCAAAACCAGUGAGAGAGCCGCCGUUUGAGUGAGAGAGAGAGUGAGCGCGCGCCUCAGUCGACGCCUGCGCCAAAACAGAACAAAAGCAACAACAAUAAGCGCGAAAGUGGAGCAGCGAUGGCGGCAGAGCAGAGAGCGGGCGGCGUUAACGGAUGCUGCAAAUGCAAUAAAAUAAGGCUAAAUAGAGUGCGUGCAAGGUGUGUGCAUAUGGUAGGGGUGUGAGGCAAAGCCGCAAUAAGUGAUUACACAGGAGAGUGGCAGAGCAGAGACUCACACCAUAAGCAUACACCUUUGCCGACGGCGAUGAGACGUUGGGGUUCGAGACUUAGCUAUUAAAAAUGUUUCCGAUUUGUACCAAUAUACGAUUUCUUUUCAUAAAA